CUCGUCUAUCUGAAACCAAACAAAAAAAAUCGCAUCUCCCUCCAUCAGUUCAAACGACAGAGAGAGAGAGGGAGAGAGAGAGAGAGAGAGAGAGAGAGAGAGAGAGAGAGAGAGGAGAGAGAGAGAGACCUGGCCCUGUCCGUCCACCAGCCAGCGCGGCUUUCAAACAAGCUGGAUUCCCGCAGCUCCUCACCAUGCGCGGCGGGUUUUAGGUUCUCCAUGGAGCACGUCAACCUGUACGAGGUCCCCCCUCGGCCCCUGAUGAGCAGCCAGCAGAGCGCCUCCUGCUACAAGGAGCCCGACCUCGGCGACAUCUGCGACAACGAGAACUCCAUCGACAUCAGCGCCUACAUCGACCCCGCGGCUUUCAACGACGAGUUCCUGGCCGACUUGUUCCACAACAGCUCCAAGCAGGACAAGCUCAAGCUGAUGAACGGCGAGUACGACUUCUCCCACGGCGGCCCGGGGCCCCAGCAGCAUUACAUGGCCAACGGCUACAUGGACUCUUCCAAGCUGGAGCCCAUCUACGACAACCCGGCCGUCAGGAUCAGACCGGUGGCCAUCAAGCAAGAGCCGAGAGACGACGAGGACAUGAACCCGUCCCUGCCCCCGUCCUACCACCACGCACACCAGCACCACCCGCACCCGCACCCGCAGCAUCUGCCGCACCUCCAGUACCAGAUCGCGCACUGCGCGCAGACCACCAUGCACCUCCAGCCGGGCCACCCCACGCCCCCGCCCACCCCGGUGCCGAGCCCGCACCACCCGCAGCACAGCGGCCUGUCCGGGGGCCACAUGAAGAUGAUGGACCGCGCGAAAGCCAAGAAGCACGUCGACAAGAACAGCCCCGAGUACCGGCUGCGGAGGGAGCGGAACAACGUGGCGGUGAGGAAGAGUAGGGACAAAGCCAAAAUGCGCAACGUGGAGACGCAGCAGAAGGUCAUUGAGCUGGCGGCGGACAACGAGCGACUGCGGAAGAGAGUGGAGCACCUGAGCCGCGAGCUGGACACGUUACGGGGCAUCUUCCGGCAACUGCCCGACGGGUCCUUCAAGCCGAUGGGCAGCUGCCCCUGAAGCCGGAGUACUGACUUUGUUGACAGACUUUCUUUGUACAGCGGUCUCUUGUCGGAUGUACACAACUCAGCGCCGUCGGUCAGAUUCUGCACCGGUUUGUUCAUUUUUUUGAGGAGAGGUCAGGCAGCUGAGGUCUAUAAACACGUGCCUUUCGAUGCAAAACUAUAAGCUGAUUCCCCCCCCCCCUCCAACCCCUCCACCCACCCCCCCCCGACGUCUACAAGAGUGGGCUGGCGGCUGUUUCGUGCCUUUGUUUUUUUUUUUUUUGUAUAAAGGUUGUGUGCUAGCCACGCACAUCACAUAUCGGUGCAGCUAAGGUAGGGCCUGAUGAUUGGAGCCGCCAUCAUUAGCCUGUCGUGCAUGUUUUAUGUUUUUUAUGUAAAGUUGCCAUCUCAUUAUCCUCUCCUGGUAAACUAGAACUCGUGCAUACAUGCAAAGUGCACACUGCUUGCAUGUAAGCUAUGCUCAUAUAUAUAUAUAUAUAUAUAUAUAUAUAUAUAUAUAUAUAUAAAUAUUUUUGCAAAAUCGAAAUGCAUAAAUAGCCCAACUUGUCAUUCUCUCUGUUCAGACAUAAAGCCCAUUUACAAGGUACAAAGUAUUGCCAUGCAUGUCUGCAGAUCUGGGUAUUUGAUGAUUAGCCACGUGUGAGAAAACAAAAGCCAAAGUAAAGGACUGGAGUUGAUGGUGUGCUAGCUGCUCCUCCACAAGCAGCAGUUUUGUGUUUUGUUUUUUGUUUUUUUUGUAUGCACUAUACGUCGUCAAAAAUACGACCAAAAUGAAGCACAUGGUGUGUGUUUUUUUUUUGUUUGUGUGUGUGUGUGUGUGUGUGUGCGUGCGUGUGUGUGUGUGCAACAUGACCGGAUGGGUACUGAUCUGCAACGCCUCUCGUGAUCUCUGCAGCGUGUAGCUAGCCUACGCUGGAUGCGGAGUGGAUGAAAAUGUGAAAAGGGUUUUCUAUGCAACGUGUCUUGCCAUUCUGUGAUGAUUUUUUUAUGACUAGAUCUCUCUCCCCCCCCCUGCCGUGGACCGCGGGAUGCAGUGCCUUCUUUUUUUUCAGAGCCUCAGAAGUGAACUUUAACCCCCCCUCCCCCCUCCCCCCCCCCGGCUGGCUGGUCUCCCUUCUAUCUAUCCUAUGAGAAAUAUUUGAAAUUUUAACUUUACAGCGAGGAAAGAGAAGCACCUUUUUUUUUUUUUUUUACAAACUUCAAUGCUAAAGAAAUGUUUCACAACGACCUUUUUUUUUUCAAUUAUAAAAUAAAAGUGUAUAUAUAAAUAUAUAACGAUCCUGAAUUACUC